UUAGGUCCUUCUUUCCGAGAAGUGCUAGAGAGUAAGAAGGCAAAAAUGAGGGUAGCAGGAGCCGCAAAGUUGGUGGUAGCCGUGGCAGUGUUCUUACUGACCUUCUAUGUUAUUUCUCAAGUUUUCGAAAUUAAAAUGGAUGCAAGUUUAGGAAGUCUAUUUGCCCGAUCUGCGUUGGACUCAGCCAUUCGCUCAACGAAGCCUCCCAGGUACAAAUGUGGGAUCUCAAAAGCAUGCCCGGAGAAGCAUUUUGCUUUUAAAAUGGCGAGCGGAGCAGCCAAUGUAGUAGGACCCAAGAUCUGCCUGGAAGAUAAUGUUUUGAUGAGCGGUGUGAAGAACAACGUUGGGAGAGGAAUAAAUGUUGCCCUGGUGAACGGGAAAACGGGAGACGUGAUAGACACCAAGUAUUUUGACAUGUGGGGAGGAGAUGUGGCACCGUUCAUUGAGUUUUUGAAGACCAUACAGGACGGGACAGUAGUGUUAAUGGCAACGUACGAUGAUGGAGCAACCAAACUCACGGAAGAGGCACGGCGACUCAUCGCCGAACUGGGGAGCACGUCCAUCACCAGUCUUGGCUUCCGAGAUAACUGGGUCUUCUGUGGUGGGAAGGGCAUUAAGACAAAGAGCCCCUUCGAACAGCACAUAAAGAACAAUAAAGACACAAACAAGUACGAGGGAUGGCCCGAGGUGGUCGAGAUGGAAGGAUGCAUCCCCCAGAAGCAAGACUGACGGGCACCGGAGGCGAGGAGGAACGCACUUUGACUCUGCGGGAGAGCUGUCAAGCAGCCGCGCGGUGUACAUAUUUCAGUAGCAUGAGGCCGUCCAGGGUGUGCAUGAGCAAGACCGUCUCUGUUGAUGCCAGGAUUAUUUAUUGCUAACAGAAAUGGCUACCUUUGUAAAUAGACCUCAUUGAGCCAAUCACUGAACUCUUUGUAAGCACAUUUCCCCCAAAGUCCAGUGUUUAGACGACAGUGGCAAUAAUGUAUUCAUUCUAGUAGUCAGUGGUAACCAGGCAGCUUGUAUAGGACAUUGAUAUUUGCCCUGGUUGCUGUGAAACCCUAUCCAUGGAAUAACAUGGCUUUUAGAAAAGGAGGAGAUUUUGUUAUAUGUGUCUCUGUAUAAAUAUCUGGCAUGUGCUGAGAGUGUCCUUUAAAUUAAAGAGAUUUUUGGCUAGUUGUAUAUGUACUGUUACCCUACAGUCUGACUCCUGUUGUAUCUGUUCACAGUCUUUUUUUUUUUCCUUCCAAAGAAAUCCAGAAAUAAAAACUUUUCACAUGAAAAUUUACACCAGAUUUGUUAAAAGCACAACAGUUUUUUGUUUUUUUUUUUUUAAUGUACCAGGGAAGAUGAACAUUAGUGUAGGUGUCAUUCAGCACUCACUGAUUUUGUAUUACCGACGUGAAGUCUGUGAUUUUGUAUAAGCUAUGCAGAGUGAGCCUAGGGGUGGGAUUCCAGAGAACCGGGGGACCAGGCCGAGUCCCUCCCUCAGCCUAACCAGAUCAUUCUAGACAACUGGGUCAGUACAUUUAGACUAAUGCAAGCAUUUACCUGCUUUCUUCCCUUCCUGGACCACAUGGUUUUAGAACAGGACUAUCCUACUGUCAUAGCUUUGGUUUGUAAGCCAAGAAAUUCUUGUUAUUUAUUUCUAACUUCAUAAUAGCAACCGUUGCCUAAACGUGUGGCAGAAUAUUUGAAAACUCCUGAUUAACUUUUUUUAGGGCGGGCAUUAGAUACCUUUUGUACAUGACAUACAUCAAAGCCUCAUGUGUGGAAUCGCUUAACACGCAACAUAAAUGAAAUGUUCCUGCUGCCUUCCAUGGGAUGAGGCAACACUUAAAAUCUGAACCUAAAAUUUAGGUGGUUUGUAUAAAAGUCUAAAAGCAGUAUUUGCUAUUUUGCUAAAAGCUGGAAGCAACUCAGAUACUUUGAGACUCUUACUGACCUUAUGGUACUGUGUCUUUCCGAAAACUGAAUGUAGUCCAUAAGGAGACAGGUCUUCUGUGUUCAGAGAAGUUUUGUAAACUUUUUAGAGUUCUGGUGCUUCUGUACUAACUCACACACAUCCAGCUUACAUGUUUUAGCUUUUUUUUUUUUAAAGAUCUAGGGAUUAGAAAAUAAAUAUUGCAGGGUUUUGUUUUUUAAUACUGAAUAUAAGUACUCUUGGUUUGGCAUUGUGAAUUUUUUCUUUUUUGUAUUUGACAAAGCAAUACAUCUGCAGAACAUACCAUGAAAUCCUUCCAGUUGGUUUUUUUUUUUUUAGUCUUAACAUGUAAAAAAUAAGUUUUUGCCAUUCAACACAGUAAUAUCAUGUCCUCUGGAUAUAUUUGAACAUGUAUAGACGUUAAGUUGCUUGACAACAGGCUAGCCCUUUGGGAGAUGGGUUUUCCAUUUGUAUAAACUGUUGGGAGGGAUAAGACUGGUGCUCUAACUGCUGUGGCUGCCGUGGGUUUUGCCUGGAUUCUGUCUUGUAUUGGCUGCACCGGCUGAACUCUGGAAGCAAUAACCGACUGUUUUCCGUUCACAUCAGCCUUAGAAGUGGAACAGUGCUCAUUUAAUGUUGAGAAUGAAUUCUCUUUAUUAAAAUCGAAACUCUUUAACACUGA